CUUUGAUAAAUUAAAUGCAUUUAAUUUGCUAAUAUCAAGCUAAACUUAUAAAUGGCACGUAAGUCAACGUUGCACAAGUAGAACGUUUUUCGUAGUGCACGAAGCAUCAGGGCAAAUUCACGACGUACAAGCUUCUCAGUGUGUUUUGCUUCUAGACAAGAUUUAUUAUUUUUUCUACAAAAUAUUCUGUGUCACAAGGAUCUUUAAUAUGUAAUCAGCAGUCAUACUCUAGUUUGCAAAAUAAGUCGAUUAGCAAGACAAUAAAUGGUAAAAAUGAAGGAGAAGAUCCAUGUGAAAGUGAAGAACAACUCGCAGACAAUAGAGCGCAUCUUACGUCCAAUAACGUGCAUUUCCUGGCUCCUGGGUGUCGGUAUAGCACAUCCACGAAAGUGUUCUAAAGCUAUAACGAUAAUCAUACGUAUGAUUCACAUGGCUGUGUGUUCCUAUGUCAUGAUAUGCGACACACAAUUAUUCUUCAUCCGUAUUUCUCUCAUGGAUGAGAAAGGCGACAUAUUCAUGUACAUAUAUUCUCUAAACAGGAUGAUGUGUUAUAUAUCAAUCUUUUAUUAUAUUUAUUACGGAAUCAGGCAAUACAACAAGUGGCCAGAACUGAUGGAUAGAUUGAAUGAACUCGAUCAGAAGAUCAAAAAAGAAAUAUCCAUAAAUGAUUGGCCCAUAAAAAUUAUUGAAGCGCUAGCAAUUUUCACAACAUUCGUUUUCUGUUCUUUGUGGCCUACUCUUCAAUUUUUGCAUUAUUACAUUUUAUCAUAUACUAUACCUGAGAGUAUCAUAAUAGAAAUGCUGAUUUACUACUUUCUAGCGCAAUCAUUGAUCAACAGUUUCGUCUUCGACGUUGUCAUUUACGUGUUAUAUCGCAGAUUUCAAACAUUAAAUAAAGUGAUUGGCCAUUUGGAUAAGUUAUCCGAUGUGCAAUGGAUCGCGUUCAAGAUUAGACGCAUCAGAGAAUUGCAUGCCGAUAUUUGUGAUCUCGUCAGUAUGUUAAACGACAUUCACAGUCUUCAUCUUCUUUUCUGUUCCGGGCAUUGCUUCAUCAUGGCUAUAAUUUCACUAUUCAAUCUUAUAUUGCUCAUCAAACAUGUAAAAUGGUUAACACUGACAAAUGAUUUUUUAUACAUUUUAUAUUCCAUGCAAUUCUACCUGAUUUGUUGGAUUUGCACACUCGCGUGUCAAGAAGCCAAUAGCACCGGAAAAAUUAUACACAAAAUUAUAUUGAAUUGCAAACCUAUGAAUCUUGGUAAGCACGAGGCGAGUAAUCAAUCGAGUCUAGAAGUGCGAUCUUCACUGGAAGUCUCGAACAGCGAACAAAAUUCUAAUUGGAAAAGCAGUCACAAUCCUUUUGUUAUGGAAAAUUUUUUGCGCAGAAAUCUGGACCUAGAGUGUGUCAGAAAAGAGGUCAAUGAUUUUUCGAUUCAACUGCAGCAGAAUCGAAUUACAUUUUCGGCGUACGAUUUCUUCGAAAUAAACAAUGCUUCGUACGGUUGCUUUGUCGGCGUAGUCGUCACUUACCCAAUUAUCAUCAUACAAUUCAUCUAUACGGUGAAUAAAUGGUGAAUAAAUAAAUGUUCGACAGUCAUGAACCGAAUAGCUAAAUAUUCAGCGAAUAUUUGACACAGAUAAAAACAUGUGAAUAUCGAAAAAUAGAGAGAAAAAAAAGAAUAUCGAAAGAAAGAGAAUAUUGAAUAAUUGCCAAAUAUUUGCUGCAACUCUCCAAAUAUUCGUUGCAACCCUAAAAAAUAUUCUUUGACAAAAUGA